AUGUACGGAGACUCUGGUGCACCUCCCGUUGACCCUUACACUGAGGCCUACAGUGAGCCGCCGCCGCCGGCUCCAGGGCCAGACCCGCGCGACCGCGACCUUCCACCACCGCGUGGCCGCUCCCGCUCUCGCAGCCCAGCGGCGCCCAAUCCCUCUAACGUGUUGGGAGUGUUCGGCUUGAGCAUCCGUACUACGGAGCGAGACCUCGAUGACGAGUUUAGUCGCUAUGGCCGUGUCGAAAAAGUGGUCAUUGUAUAUGAUCAGAGGUCUGACCGUUCCCGUGGGUUCGGCUUCAUCACCAUGUCCACUACGGAUGAGGCUGGUCGAUGCAUUAAGGAAUUGAAUGGAGUGGACCUCAACGGCCGUCGUAUCCGAGUCGACUACUCCGUGACGGACCGCCCUCAUGCUCCUACCCCUGGUAUGAGCGACCUGAUGAGCCUCGCGACCGCCGAGAACGUGACCCCUACCGCCGUGAUGACAGGGAUCGUGACACGUAUGGCAGAGACAACCGUGACUGGCGUGACCGUCGUAGCCCGCCUCCGCGCCGUUACUCCCCGGACUAUAGAAGACGCAGGAGCUACUCCAGAAGCCCUCCCAGAGGCAGCAGCCCGACAAGGGCCCGGGACUACGAUGCCCCAUCCUCCAGCGCACUGCCUCCCAACGGAGAGCCGCCGCGCUGGUAAAGAUACCGGGGAUUGUGGGUUGUUUCUUGUAAAGGGCGGCCCACAGGCAGGCCAAGUUGGCAAGAGCUCAUUCGUUAAUUCGUUGUUGGGGAAGGCCGCAUUGCCCACGUACAAGCUGUCGUCUUCAUCGCCAGAUGGCCCGACCACAACGAUAUAUCCACAAGAGGUGUCGUUGGAUGUCGACGGGAAGCAGGUUCGCUUGAUUGACACACCAGGCCUCGCAUGGCAAGCUGUAGAUGAAUCCCCGGGGGUCAGAGAACGAUCGCGGGCACGGGACAUCCUCACGAGGAGCAGGGGACGCAUCGAGCGACUCAAAGAUCCGGCAUCCGUUCUCGCGGAGUUGGUCUCGCGCGCGAACAAGGAGGAUUUAAUGUUGUUCUACAACCUUCCUGCCUUCGCCGACGGCGAUGCGAAUGCAUUCCUCUCAGGAGUUGCGCGUUCGAACGGACUCAUUAAAAAGGGCGGCACCCUCGACCUCGCAGGGGCGUCUCGGAUCGUCCUGCGCGACUGGAGCACUGGCAAGUUCCCCCGCUACACCGUGCCCCUGUCGACCACGCCUACAUCCACAUCCGACCCCGCCUUUGCGGACGCAUACACAAAGGACGAGGAACUCCUAUCGCGCUUGUCGACGCGCAAAGAGUUGCGCAAGGGCACCGGCGUCGUCAAGCUCGAUGCCGGUGAGCCGGAAAUCAGGAAAGUCGCUUUAGACGCUUCCUGGGCUGGCUCGGCCGACGGCGGAGACGAAAGCGAUAACGAGGACGAAAAUGAGGAUGAGGAUGAGCUUGCAGGAGACGUCUCUAUAGACCUCGGUGAAGAGGAGAGCGAGGACGACGAGGAAGGCGAAGGCAGCGACGAAGGCGGGGACGAUGAGAAGGAGCCAUCGCCUCCGCGCGGCAAGCGGAAACGCGGCGUGAAGGCCCCCGCUGCUCGUCCAGCAAAAAAGGUGGCCUUUGCGCCUGAGCCCAAGAGCACGAAGCAGGCGCGCUCUGCGGCGGGUGCGAGGCCGCGCGCUAAGGCAGGUGGUGUCGCGUCUCCAACGGCAGCAUCCGCAAAGUCAAAAGCGAAGCCCACUCCUCCAGGCAAGCAAGUCAAGGAGACAAAAUCCGCGUUGAAGAAGACGCCUGCGAGCACGCCGGGCAAGGUUGCCAAUGUGUCUUCGAAAAAAGCCUCGGUGGCGGCGGCGCCUGCGACGCAUGGCGCGGGCGAGGCGUAUGACUUCAAGCAGUUAUUCUAG